AUGCGUGCAGUGCGUGCGUGGUUUUCGAGGGCGCGGACGAAGAAGCGAGUUCGCCGCGCGUCGAUGACUCAAAACGCAUCGACGCGCGCCGUUACUAUCACAACUACACCAUCACCCGCCGCGACGCCCUCGCGCGUCACGGCGGGACGUACCACCCCCCGCGCGCGGAGCGCAUCGCCAACACUCGCCACGCGUCGCUCGGCUUUUCCUCCCCGCCGAGCUCGACGCCGCCGCCGCCCGACGGGACGUCCGGCGCGAGCGUCUCUCCGCGCGCGCUCGCGUCUCUCUUCCGGUCCUCCGCGGCUCUGUCCACGACCCCGGGCUGCGCGCCGCUCACGACGCGCACGCCGCUCGCGACCUCGCCGCCGAACGCGGCGAGGACGCUCGCCGCGUCGACGCCGCCGGCGGCGGCGGCGGCGACGCCGACGCGCGCGACUGCAGCCUGCCCGCCGCCGGCAGACGCCCUCGCGAAGACGACCGGGAACCCUACGACGGAGACCGCGCAGCCCAGGUACGCGUCGCCGGCGCAUCGCUCGCCCGCGUGCGGCGGCUGCUUGA